ACUGCAGUGUGACCCGCCCGUGAAUCGUAAUGUAAGACUGUAGUCACGCCCCGGGUGAGAGACAGGUGUCCGGGCUGGGGGCACAUGCCGUCAGUGAGUUGUGUCCCGCGGGGCGGCGGAGUGCUGAUGGCAUUAUCUUGUGCGCUGUGGGCUCACCGGAGGCAGCUUCACGGCGGAGCGGGAGAGUGUUCGCCGGUCGCUGCAGCAUGCACAAUGCUUUCGGCUGUCGUAAGGACUCUACCUUCAGGAUCACGUAGAGACAACCAGGGUGUUGCGCAGCCCAAUUUGUAAUUAAUCAGCGUGCUCUAACGGGUUAUUAUGGCUUCCAGCUCUGGGAAGAUGAACCAACCCUCCGGCGGCAGCGGUGCAUGUAACGGGACCGCUAUUGCGGAUAUCCCCAGUGGUGUGAAUGUAGAACUGUAUGAUUAUCAAAUGCACACGAAAAUGUGCAAGAAAAUAGCGCAGCUGACAAAGGUGAUAUACUCUUUAAACACUAAGAAUGAAGAGCAAGAGGCAACUCUGCAGUCGCUACGCCGUGUUGCCACGGAGACGCAGGGCAGCCUCCAGCCAACCACAGGUCAGGAUGAAGAAGAGGAGGAGUCAGCAUUUAUUCUGAGGACACGCCUUCUAGAACUGCAGGCCACCGUAGAGGAAGUGGAGGAGCGUGGACAGAGGGCUGAAAUAGAGUAUGCGGAGCGCAUAGCCAUGUUAACCCAAGAGACAUCAGAUCUGCGCAGAGACUACCAGAACCUGCAGACAGAUAGAGACAACCACCACAAAUUACUGCAACAGACACAGGAAGAAAACAAGCGCUUGGAGAAUGAGUGCCAAGAGCUACGUAGAACCAGAGAUGAAGAGAGAAAGAGAGAGGAGGAGGAGAAAAUGCAUAGAGUUGAGGAGGAGAGGAAGAGAGAGAUGGAGGCGAGGAAUCGAGAGUCACAGGAAAGGCAACGUGUAGAGGAGGAGUGUGAAGAAAGGUUGAAAUCGGUAAGAAAGGAGCUACAGGUUCUGAGGGAGGAGAAAGAGAGAGCGGAGAAAGAAUGGAAGAGAGAUGUGGAGGAGUGGAAGAAGAGAGCGAAGGAGAUGGAAAAAGAGAGGAGGGAGGAGCAAAAGGCAGCUGAGAAGACAAUACAAAAGAGCCUCAAUGAACACAUCAAUCAGUGGCACCAGAGAGAGCAAGAAAACCGCAAGUCCCAGAAUGCAACACUUCAGCAGAGGCUGAGAAAAGCAGAGACGGACUUGGAGGUUCAAGAACAGAGGCUGAAUGAGAGCAACAGACACUGCAGCAAACUUCAGGAGAGAGUAGAGGACCUGGAGGAGCAGUUGGAGGAUGGGCGUCACCGGGUGGCCGAGGCUGAGGCUGUGGCAAAGAAGGCAGAGGAGGAGUUAGCUGUAGCCAAAGAACGAUUAUUACUGCAAGAGAAUGAGCUACAGAGCAAAUCAGAGGAGUUAAUGAGCCAGAGUUCAUCUCAGGUGAGGGUCUCUGCUGAAGUGGAAGAGCUAAGGUCUCAACUGAGUCGUCUCAACAUUAGAAACAAAGAGCUGGAGCUUCAGAACAGUGGCCGAUCCAAUGACCACGCUCGCAUGCUUAAACAGCAUGCAGAUGCUCUAUCCUCUAUGCGUCUGGAGCUGCAGCGAGCUCACACUGAGGAGAUCAGACGCCUUCAGCAGGAGGUGGAGAACGAAAGAAAGAAUGACAGACAGGAGCUGGAAGAAGAGAAGAAACAGGUUCAGCAGAAGAUGGAAGAAGAGAAAAUAAGGCUGAAAGAGCAGCUUCGGAAAGCACUUGAAGAAGUGAUACGCAAACAUGCCAGUGAGCUGCGGCAAGCGCACGUAAUGCUGGAUGCAGAAAAAAAGAAAGCCCAGCAGAUUGAGGAGCAGAUGAAAACCGGAGAAGAAGAGAGAAAUGCUUUAGAGACAGAGAGGGAAGAGCUACACAACCAACUACAGCUGUCCAAAAGAGAGAUGGCGAAAUUGGAGGGGGUGAUUCAGACACUGGAGAGAGAAAGAGAAGAGGAGAAGGAAAGGGCAAAAGAGAGAGAGCAGGAGUAUGCAAAGGUGGAGCGGCAGUCAGCAUGUGGCCCGGAGUGUGUACGAGUGAGAGAAGAACUGGAAAACACACACAGCAGUAUGCAGCAAAUACAGGAGGAGUUUGCUGCACAGAAGGAAGUGUUACAGGCAGAGAUUUCUGCUCUACAGCAAGAGAGAGACAUUCUACAACAGUCCAAUCAUAGUAUAGAGGAGAGAAUCAGGCUACAGUUUGAGAAGCAGUUCUCCGAUCAGAUUGUGGAAAUGAAGAGAGAAAGAGAGGAGGAGAUCAGAAAGAAGAACCAACAGUGGCAACACAGAGUAGAAGAACUGCAGACACAGUUGGAGGAGAGGAGAGCACUCUCAGAGAAGAUGGAAGGAGAGAGAGAGAGACGUUACGGUAAUGGAGAGAUGGAACGAAUGAAGCAGGAGAUCCAAAAGACAAGGGAUAUGAACAGCACGCUCAGAUCUCAGCUUCACUCCACCAUUCAAGAGAAAGAGAGACUGAUGAGGCAGCAGUUACAAGUGGUAAAAGAGGAAGAUGAGGACGAGGAGGAUGGAAAGGCUACGGGAGAGAGGGAAGAGGAGAGGGCAAAGCGGGGGUGGCGUGAGCGAGAGGAGGAGUUGUUGCGUGUGGAAAGGUUAAAUCACCAGCGUGCUCUUCAGGCCCUGGAAGCACAAGCCAAUGAAGAACUUCAGUCGGAAAGACAACGCUUGCUCACACAGCACAAACUACAGCUGGACAAGCAGAAGGCAGAGCUGACCCAGCAGCACACUGAGUGGGUGAGACAGGUCACCCAGAGACACAUGCAGCAGAUCGAGGACCUUCAGAACGAAAUACACACACACACACAAAUGAUGGCCCUGCAGCAGGAUCUGAAGCAGCAAAACCGCUUACAGUCACUAGAGAGACAGCUGGAUGAGAAGAGCAGUGAGGUUCAAGAGCUAAAGAGAGAGAAUGAAGAUCUGAAAGAACGCAUGAAUGCAGUCAUAGCACAGAAAGUAGAACAAGAUGACCAUAAACAUAAACACAAGAUUUUCUCAGAGGAACACGAUGAGGCGGGUGAAGCGGUUGGGUCGGAUCACAGGAAUAACAUGGAGAGUGUGAAGAGAGAGCACAGAAUGGAGAUCCAGACCAUAAUAUCAGACUUCAGCACCGCCCAAACACGACUACAGGCCCGCAUAGUUGCCUUGGAAACAGAGUUGAGAGAAAGGGAAGAAAGGGGAAAGAGGAGAGUAGAAGACCUGCACACAAUUGCUAAACUACAGGACAAGCUCAGCGAGAGAGACCAACUCAUCAAAAGUCUAGUGGAGGACCUCCACCAGCUAUCCCAGCAUCCAACUCUGUGCAGCGAUGAAAUUUUGAAGCCUUAUGACUCUAGGACACAAGCAGGGACCCUAACACCUACUAUGAAGAAAAAAGGGGUUGAGGAAACUAGCAUCCCAAACCUCUGCUCAUAUGAUGGGGGGUCACCUAAGGCCAAAUGCUCACCAGUUAUGGAGCGUGGCAGUCUGGAACAGUGCGGGCGAGGGACCACCCUAACAAGGACACACACCCCCACCUCCCCUCAUUCUGAACACAGAGGCUCCUCUAUCAGACACAGCCGCCCACCUUCACAAGAGGUGCGACAUCAGCCGCAGCUUAAAGUCAACUACAACCAGCACAUCAGGACUCCAGCUGAGCAGAGGGUUAUUGAAACAGGGCCUGAUGGACAAGACCCUCAAAAACAGGAGUGGUUCACCAAAUACUUCUCUUUCUGAGGUCCCACAAACCUUCGUCCUUAUCUGUCCCAACAUUUUGAGUACAAGCUCACCAAAGUCUCCUUUUUCUGCAUAAUUGAAAGCUAACACCAAAUAAGCUUUUCUACAGGAUGCAUCUCACUUUUAUCCUGUUGAUUGAACAGCAGCAAAAAAAAAAAAAAAAAAACCUGAACAGGUCUGCAGCAAAUCCAACAUGGACAACUAUUAAUUUGUAAAAAUUAACCGCCAAUUCUGGAUUGCUGGAAAUGUGGUGUGGAAUGCUGAGACUUUUCUUAAUAAACAAAAAUGAGAAUCCAAGAACAGCUGGUUUUGCCAUACUAUGCCAAAACUGUAACUAUUUCAAGAUAAUUAAUGUAUAUCAAUAAAUUACAUAUUUUUGUUUUUUAAAUUGCAUGAUUGCACAUUUUCUUUAUUUGUUUUUAACAUCUUUUUACAGAACAUUAGAAUACUGUACUUGCCCUGGACUAGUCAUUCGAAAUAUACAGGUCUAUCUAUUGUGUUAAUUAAAA